AUGAGUUCAACCACUACUCUGCGUACACAAGCAACAACUCAUGUAGAGAGUGCAGAGUCUACAUCUGGCCGCAGCCUCCUGCAGGAAAAUGGAUUCGUUGAGCAAGGGACUUCCUCGGACGACGAAGUUGAGCCACAUCCUUUGGGAGUGAGACCGUCCGGAAAUGCACUCACGUCUGAUCAGAAUGCUCAGGCGUCGAUGGGCAGCUUCGGAUUCCUACCAGACGGCCUCCUUGUGAUGCUGCUCGAGUUUCUUGACGCGCGGGCGCUCCUCAACCUGGGCGCAACGUGUCGCGGCUUCUACGCAUACUGCACUUACGACCAGCUGUGGCGAGAUGUGGCGGUCAACGAGACGAACGAGCGCUUUGAGUGGCGGGGGAGUUGGCGGGCAUCGCUCCUGCGGCUGCCACCGACAACACGGCUUGCAAAGGUGGACUGCCGAUACGUGUUUUCCGACGCACUCUAUCGGCCCUUCCAAUGCUCCCGCACACCGUUGGGCCCCUACGUCUCCAACAUUCCGCUCCAAAACGAGAUUCCGCGACUGAAGGACGUGUCGCCCGAAGAGUUCAACGAUUCAUGGGUCGGCAGGCCAUUCAUCCUGACGGCACCGGUGAAGAAAUGGAGGGCCUUUGAGGCGUGGGACCUGCAGCAUCUACUCGCAAAGUAUGGGCAUGUGUCAUUUCGUUGCGAGGCAGUGGAUUGGCCGCUGACGACCUACGUCAAGUACAUGGAGAGUUCCCAAGAUGAAUCACCACUGUACCUUUUUGAUCGGGCAUUUGUGGAAAAGAUGGAGUUGCAGGAUGCGUACGAACCCCCGGCGGCGUUCCAAGAAGACUUUUUCACCCUCCUCAAGGACCAGAGACCUGAUCGACGCUGGUUGAUUAUUGGACCUGAACGAAGCGGAAGCACAUUCCACAAAGACCCGAAUGCCACAAGCGCCUGGAACGCCAUCAUCCGAGGCUCGAAAUAUUGGAUCAUGUUUCCGAGCUCUAUCCUUCCUCCAGGCGUCUAUAUGUCCCAAGAUCAAAGCGAGGUGACUUCGCCGCUGAGCAUAGCCGAGUGGCUUCUAUCAUACCACGCCGAAGCUCGGGCGAUGAGUGGCUGUUUAGAGGGUAUCUGUCGGGAAGGCGAGGUCCUACAUGUACCAUCGGGUUGGUGGCAUUUGGUAGUCAACCUUGAGCCAGCCAUUGCCAUCACUCAGAACUUCGUCCCCAGAGCUCACGUCCCAUCAACCAUUCGCUUCCUCAGAGACAGAGCAGAUCAAGUUUCUGGAUUUAGUGACAAAGUCGGAGACCCUUAUGCCCUCUUUAUGGAACGGUUAAAGGAGACGGACCCUGAUCUGGCGGGUUCUCUCGACGACUCCCGUAAGCGCAAAUGGGAGGAGGUCGUCGCAGGUAAUGAGGAGGCUGAUGGAGAGCGGCAAGGGUUCAGCUUUGGGUUCAGCGAUGACCUAGAUGAGGCUGAAGACUGA